AUGAAAACAAGGGUCCUCGUAAAGGUAAAUGUCUUCCAGAGGAGAGUGGUGCAGGGUGAGAAGGGUCCAUUGCCAAUAUUCAUCCCACAUAGAGAGUCUCUGAUGCAUAUGGAUUGUGAUGGGGAGGUGAACUCUGAGAUCCACACACACAGCUUCCGGCGGGCUAGUGAGGGGCCCUGCUGUACCUCCUGGUUCAUGGUCACUCUGUGGCUCUCCAGUGGGAUCAGCAUCACCCUGGUGCUUAGAGGACCCCACUGUGGCAGUUGGGACAAAGAGAGGAUUCCUAUGACUAAGGAGGGAACAUUGCUGGCUACCAGGUGGCCAAAAAUCCAUGUGGUUGUGGUAUCACUUAGACUACACAAAGUGAGCAUGGGAGACAAGGGAUGCAUCUGUUUGAUGUCCACCCUGCUGCACCAGGCCCAAUCCAUUCACCGUUUAUCCUCUCCAGAGCCUUCAAGAGUUCAUGUCAUUCCAGGGAUGGUGUCAUUUGAGAAAGAUGUGAUAACUGUUCUGAACUGCAACAAUGCAAAAAUUCUUUUUUCAAAUGUAUGUUUCUCCAGCCACUGGCAGAGCUGAGAUGGCACCUACAGCAUCACCUCCUACCUCAGCAUCAGCUCAGCCCCAGCACAGACACCAGCCACCUACAGCUGCCUUGUUGCACACUUGGCCCUGGCAGAGCCCAUCUCUGUGAGUGCCCGUCUUAAGGCACCAGAGCAAAGGAGAUUGCAAGGACAGGCGGGGGUUUUAAUUGCUACCAUCACCUUCAUCAUUGUCCUCUUCAUCGUGCUCAGGAAAACAGCAGGUGAGAGUUUAAAAUCCUGAGCCACAUCCCUCGUGCGUGAGAUGCAGAAAGGAGCAUCUUCCUCUCCUCUGCACCUCCACUUAGGAGAGACAGGGGGC